AUGGAAACGCCGGCUGCCGAUACAGCGUCGCCCCCUCCUGCACCAGUGCGCUGCAAGCUUAACAUAACGGUUGCAGAGGACGGAGUGGAGGUCAACGAGCUGCCGACAGUCUAUGAUUUAAUGCAGGAAGUAGCGCGGCUGCAACAAGCAGUGCGAGACAUUGGCGACGAUGACCCGAGCAUUUUCGCGGACGACUACGCAGUUUGCGACUCCUACUCGGCUGAGCGCACGCCUCCACGCUACAGACAGAAAAUCCGCACGGCCAGUGGUGGCUCUGACAGCUUGAAGUCCGGCAUUUACUCUGGCCGGAAGAUCGCUACCAACGUGGGCAACAUGUCGCCUUACAAAAAUGUCGGCGCCAUGGCGCGUGGUGAAUUCGACAGCUCUGUACUGAAGACGCCGCCACCGAAGCGUCGUGAAGGCUUGACGCCUGCUGCUUCUCGCACAGUGCCACGCCCCACUCGUGUGGCAGCUCUGACACGAGAGAACAUCUCGCUGUUGCCGAAGCCCAGGGCGCAGAACUUUACUGGUUCCGUGUGCGGCUCGCAGAAGUCGCGCACAAGCAUUCGCACAGACGGCGGCGCUGUGUUCUCACGAUUAUAUCAGCCAGAUUUCUACAAGAACCGCGACGAAAAGUUCAAGAGCAUACGCGAUCGACGCGAGAGUCUCGAUUGCUCAUUCACGCCACGAAUCAACCGACGUGACUCGAUCUCGUCGCGAGACUCGAUCGGCUCGGGCUCGCAGGCGUCGAUGACAUCUGCCAAGACGGACGUCGUGAACGUAUCCAGUCGCCUAUACGACCCGGACUACGUGCGCAAGCGCAACGCACGACUGCAGCGCAUGAGGCAAGAGCGUGAGAUGCGUGAAUGCACGUUCACGCCCGCCAUUAACGCCAACGCGAGCGCUACACCCCGCAAGAAACUGUAG